AUGGCGAAGAAGGUUGUAGGAGAGGGCUACCAAAUCUCUAACUUGGCUUCUCCAACUCGGCCCACAAAAGGACCACAGGAACAGCAGAGAACAGACCAGGAACAGCAGAGAACAGGACCAGGAACAGCAGAGAACAGGACCAGGAACAGCAGAGAGCAGGACCAGGAACAGCAGAGAACAGGACUAGGAAAGCAGAGAGCAGGACUAGGAACAGCAGAGAACAGGACCAGGAACAGCAGAGAGCAGGACCAGGAACAGCAGAGAGCAGGACCAGAAACAGGAAUAACAGCUAGCAGCAGAGAGCAGGACCAGGAACAGCAGAGAACAGAACUAGGAACAAGAGAGAACAGAACCAGGACCAGCAGAGAACAGGUCCAGGAACAGCAGAGAACAGGUCCAGGAACAGCAGAGAACAGAACCAGAACAGCAGAGAACAGAAUCAGGACCAGCAGAGAACAGGACCAGGAACAGCAGAGAACAGAAUCAGGACCAGCAGAGAGCAGGACCAGGACCAGCAGAGAACAGACCAGGAACAGCAGAGAACAGGACCAGGAACAGCAGAGAACAGAAUCAGGACCAGCAGAGAACAGGACCAGGAAAAGCAGAGAACAGGACCAGGAACAGCAGAGAGCAGGACCAGACCAGCAGAGAACAGGACCAGGACCAGCAGAGAACAGGUCCAGAAACAGCAGAGAACAGGACCAGGAACAGCAGAGAACAGGACCAGGAACAGUAGAGAGCAGGACCAGGACCAGCAGAGAACAGGACCAGGAACAGCAGAGUGCAGGACCAGGACCAGCAGAGAACAGGACCAGGAACAGCAGAGAGCAGGACCAGGACCAGCAGAGAACAGGACCAGGAACAGCAGAGAACAGGACCAGGACCAGCAGAGAACAGACCAGGACCAGCAGAGAACAGGACCAGGAACAGCAGAGAGCAGGACCAGGACCAGCAGAGAACAGGACCAGGAAUAGCAGAGAGCAGGACCAGGACCAGCAGAACAAGGACCAGACCAGCAGAGAACAGGACCAGGAACAGCAGAGAGCAGGACCAGGAACAGCAGUAGAGCAGGACCAGGAACAGCAGUUUAGCAGCAGAGAACAAGACCAGAACAGCAGAGAACAGGUCCAGCAACAGCAGAGAACAGAACCAGGACCAGCAGAGAACAGGACUAGGAAUAACAGCUUAGCAGCAGAGAGCAGGACCAGGAACAGCAGAGAACAGAACCAGGACCAGCAGAGAACAGGUCCAGGAACAGCAGAGAACAGGUCCAGGAACAGCAGAGAACAGAACCAGGAACAGCAGAGAACAGAAUCAGGACCAGCAGAGAACAGGACCAGGAACAGCAGAGAACAGGACCAGGAACAGCAGAGAGCAGGACCAGGACCAGCAGAGAACAGGACCAGGAACAGCAGAGAACAGGACCAGGAACAGCAGAGAGCAGGACCAGGACCAGCAGAGAACAGGACCAGGAACAGCAGAGAACAGGACCAGGAACAGCAGAGAGCAGGACCAGGAACAGCAGAGAACAGAACCAGGAACAGCAGAGAACAGAAUCAGACCAGCAGAGAACAACAGACCAGGAACAGCAGAGAGCAGGACCAGGACCAGCAGAGAACAGGACCAGGAAUAGCAGAGAACAGGUCCAGGAACAGCAGAGUGCAGGACCAGGACCAGCAGAGAACAGGACCAGGAACAGUAGAGAGCAGGACCAGGAACAGCAGAGAUCAGGACCAGGAACAGUAG